UGUAUCUAAUCUACAUGAGCCACAUCACUUUUCCGAUAUACAGAUAGUACUUGCAGGCCACCACCAUGUUCAAGAAAUUUUCGCCUUCCACGGACAUCGCGGGAUCUACACCAGUCAAAACAUCGGUUCAGAGACAGAUUCGAGCUACAGUGCUCUCUCAAUGGAAAAUAGAGCCUGAGACGCUGGAGGCAAUCUGGCCAAAGAAGGAAGGGCUUGUACACGUAAAAUGCAGAGAACAUAUUUCCGUUUACACGGUACAAGCGCAGCCCAUAUUCUUCCAACACUUUGAUGGACCUUUCUACCCCACUCUUCGGAUAUUACACAAAUACCCUUACGUCCUUCCUGUGGUGGGCAUUGAUCGUGGCGCGAUUCGGUUUCUUCUAGCUGGUGCACCCAUGAUGUGUCCGGGCCUGACCUCCGCAGGUGGGUACCUUCCUCCUGCAGAUGCGUCUCUUCCAGCGGGAACUGUUGUUGCUAUUAAUGCGGAGGGGAAGGAACAUGCUGUGGGCGUAGGGAUUCUCAAGCUUGGGACUGAAGAGAUAAAGAAGGUGAAUAAAGAUGUUGGGGUUGAGACGGCAACAUAUCUAGGGGACGAUCUGUGGGCGCUGCAAAGUUUAUGA